AUGGAUCGUCUGACGGUUAUAGACUGGGCGCCCGCACGCGCAACCGCCAUACCGCCCGCUCAGUCAUCUGUUGUUGUUGUUGUCCCGACUCCAACGGCCGCCGCCAUCACGAAUCCGCGCGCGCACGCAGCUGGGCCAUCAGCUCACACCUCCACGACCCCCCGGCCUGCCUCCGCUACACGACGUCGUCCGGCCGCCACGCCUGUUAUCACUGGUAUCUCGGGCGCGUCUUAUCGGACAUUCGACCGUGAUAACGCGUGCCCGCCGCCUACUGCACUAUCGCGGCAAUACAAUACGGAGAACAGCGGCAGAAACAUUAAGCGUAAAAAGGCUCGCAUGCAAUCGGUUAGUACGCCAGGCUUUACCGAAUUACAAUCUACGCACAAACGCACGACGGUAUGGUAUUUCAGAAAAAAUAUCGAAAACGUAAAGAGUUAUCGCGCAUUUCUCCAUUCGAUAGAGUCGGAAUUAAUAGUGAAAUUACGCGAAUGCGUGAUAAGCCAUCCGAUUAAAUAUAACCUUAAGUUAGAGGCCACCUACGCAGUGCCUAACGUGGAAAACACCAACGAAAACCGUGCUUUCAAGUCAUCGGCCCGAGAGUUGUACUCGUACAGCGACGUCGAGGGUGUGGUAGAUCGCGAUUUUACGGCACUUCUCGCCGAGGAGGACAGUUACGCGGGCAAGAACAGCGGCUUCGCCCUAUCGUGCAUUGACGGGAUGCUUUUGGGGGUUUACGAGUACUCGCCCAUGGGUGGCUCGUCAUACUUACCACUCCCGCCGAGCAUCGCAGAUCGAAAGGCCGUAAUAAACCCUCAAAACAUAGAUCUAGAAUGUUUUAAGUGGGCGAUUUUGGCAAAGCAUGUGCCCCAUGUUAACCGUACCAAAGUAGGCGCGAAUUAUUUCUGCGAAGAGCACCGUUACGACUUUUCCACGUUAUCCGUCCCCACGCCCGUAUCGGAAAUAAAAUUAUUCAAGCGAGCGAAUCCAGGUACUUCAAUUAACGUUUACGGCGUGAGAAAAUGCAUAAAUAAUAAAAAUAAAAAAUCUACGACGGAAUCGGCGGCGUAUCCACUGCGGGUGGUCGAUGACGAACUACCGGAUCAUUUCGACUUACUGUUGAUCACCGGCUCGGGGGAAAAAAGUCACUACACCUAUGUGUCAAAUUUUUCGAGACUCGCUAGCAUGCAGAAAAAUAGUCGCGAACAUCGAUUAUUUUUUUGCAAAAAGUGUUUCACCAGUUUUGACGACCUACCUUUGCGAUAUAAAUUGCACGGCGAGGAGGCGUUGGCACGUCAUCGUUUAGUCUGCGGUACCCACAAACCCAUAUUGCCUAUAUUGCCGCCGGAAGGGAGCACGCUCGAGUUCACCGCGUUGUGUAAAACGCAACGCGUGCCGUUCGUCAUGUACGCCGACUUUGAGGCCCUUCUCGUGAAAUCUGCGCAGCGAUACGGUGACAAUACCGAAGCGUUGCACACGCAUCAGCCGAUGAGCUAUGGGUUUAUGGUUGUCGCUGCGGACGGUGUACCUGCACAGCUGAUGGAGCUGACAUCCCGUUCGACAUCCCGCGGACUCCGAUCAUUUUUCGCGGCUCAGAGACCGUGGACGAUGUGGCCAAGCGAUUCGUCGUAG